UGUUGUUGCGGAUUCGUGUUUCUUAUAAUAUUAGCAUGUCUAGUAGUUAUUUUUUCCGUAUAAUUUCAUUUCUUUGUAAUUUGUAAACUCACAGCUCGUAUUCAUUUCUUUAACUAACAUGUUUAAUUGGUUAAAGAUUAAACUAAUCCAUUACUGUUGUCCGUGGUCAGGCCCGGGUGAUCGGGUACUGAACUGUGAAAAGAUUAGACAUGGCCGCUGUUGAACAGUGCGAGACCCAGUCAUCGGGACUUCCAAGUAUCUCAAAAACUUUAUAUGAUGAUACUUUUAAACCUUCUCAAGAAGAAGAAAAAGAUUCUGAUGAAGAGAGUUUUCAUCUUCCAAUGUUAGACUGUGAUGAUGAUCUAGAUAGCAACACUAAGGAAGUACUGAUAAGUGACUCCGGUAAAGAUCUACAUAAUGGUGAAACGGAGGAUGAAAUUUUAAACAAAUUUGAAACGAAUGGUACUCCAGAUAUAGAUCCAAAACUGGAGGAGAGUAUAUUAAAUGAAAUUGAUAAUUUAUUUGAAAAAAAACUAGACAAACCUAUUAACAAAAAUAUGGAUUGUGAUAGUGAAAUCAAAAAUGCUUCUCCUGUGGAUAAACAAGAAUUAAAUAUGGAUGAUAUAAGUGAUAUUAGAGCUACUAUUUCAGAAAUAUUGAAAGUUGAUGAACACAAUUUCAACUCUGUGUCAGAUGAACAUGAAAAUAAAACUAAUGAAAAAAUAAAUGAUGAUAAAGCAAAUGAGGAAAGUACUGACAUUAUUAAAAAUAUAGAUGCAGUUUUAGAAGAUGAGAAAAACGUUAAUGAGGGCACUGAGAUAAUUGAUGGGAGAGUUGCAAAAGACACCAGUGAAAAGAAAGAAGCUACAGAAGAAAAUGACACUAAUGGAAUGGACAUAGAUGAACAGUUAGUUGAUAAAAAAAUAUCUGAUGAUAAAAUCACUAAUACCAGCACUGAGGCUGAGACUAAUGCUGAGGCCAUGGCUGAGACCAAUGUUGAGACUAAUGCAACAACAAAUAAUUCUAAUGAGACUGAACUUUCUGAAGUAAAUACAACUGUCCAAGAAAUGGUUAAUUCAGAAGCAGUGAGUGAAGAAAAACAAGAAAAAAAUGAACUUGAAAAAUGUAUUGAAACCAAUUCAAAAAUCGAUACACCAAACAAUGAAUUGAAUAAAACAGAAUUUAAAAGUAGUAAUGAUGACGCUAGUUCACAAAUCGAUAGUUGUGAAGAAGCUAUGGAAGUAGAUAGUAAAGCAGAGGAAGGUACUAAUGAUGGUAAUCCUCUAGAAGUUGUUGAUGUUUCAAAUGAAAUUCCUCCUAAAGAUGAUAUUGUAUGUGAGGAUUCUAAUAAAAGUAGUGCUUCAAAUAUAACUGAUAAUCUGACUGAAGAUCAAAAAAGUAGUGACAAAGAUAUAGAAAAACAAUCUCAAAAGUCUACUGCAGAACAUGGGGAACCAGGGGAUACCACUGCAGCAGACAGUGGUAAUUUGCAGAGCAAUGUUGAACCAGAAAAAUGUGAAAACUCAAAUGAUUCCAGCAAAAGCCAAAAUCUUGAAUGUGAAGAUUUAUUGGAUAUUUCCAUUAUUCGAGAUGCGGAUGAAGAUAAUGCUUCAGCUAUUGCGGAGAAUGCUAAUGAUGCUCACACCAGUGAAAAAUCAGAUAAUGAUAAUGAUGAUCAAGAUGAAGGGAGUGAUAAGGCCGAAAAUGACCUCGAUGAAAGUGAAAUGGACCAAGACGAUACUUUGCUUGCUAACGACAAAGAAGAUAAUAUGGAUUUUGAGGAUGGAAGUAGUAAUUUAUUAUGCGAUCAAGAUAGUGCUAUUGAUGGAAAUAUAAGUGAUAGUGAGAAUAAAAGCAGUGAAACAAGAGAUUCUGAAAAUGAUUCUAGUAAUAGUGUGUUAAAACAAAAAAGUGAUAUUAAUGACAUUGAAUUAAGUAGUGAAAAAAAUGGGACUGAAGAAAUUAGUAAUAAUACAGAAGCUGAGGGAAAUGAAGAUUCAACCGAGGAAAACUCAACAAAACCUAGUACUAAAAGAUCGUUAAGUGAAACGGACAUUACAGAGAUCCCCAAUAAAAAAAUUAAAUUAACAGAACGAUCUAAAACAGAGGAUAAAAUUUCAUUUCGUAAAAAUGAUAAAGUAAAAACACUAAUAAAUUUCGAAAAAUAUAUGCAAAAUAAAAAAUUAGAAAACAAAUUAACAAGAUCGGAUCUGGAACAGUUUUGUUUACAGAAAAUUUGUGAAGCUAUUAUGCAUAAAACCGAUGUUGGUGAACUACACCAAACUAUAAAGAAGCAGGAACAAAUCAUAGAAAAUUUACGGAAAGACUUGCAGCAACUGACAAAGCAAACGAGAGAUUUAGACAUUGUAAAUAAAAAACUUAUGAACGAACUUCGCGCACAAAACGGCCCUAAGAAACCUCUUGUCCCUUUAAAAAUUACAAGAUCAGUUGGUUUGCAAGUCAAACUGAAUUCUUCGACUGAAACUAAUAAUAGAAGAAAAGUUCCAAUACCUACUACACCAAGAACGCCUACUGCUAAUAAUACUGCAGCUCGUCCUAGAACAAUCACUCCUGCAAAUGCUCCCGUUGUCAGACAAGUGGCGGCAUCUCCUCGUAAAGCACCAACCUCAGCCCCGUUAUUAUCGCAGGCUCUCCAAAAUCGUUCGGUAACUCCUGUCAAUAACGUUGCAAAACGCACCCCAGUUCGAUCCAAAGCGGCAGAACCUCAGAGGCCCGCAAACGCCAGCGUUAUCGAUUUAACAGAUGAGGACGAUAGAGCUUCCAAAGGUGUAGGAAACUCGGUAAAGAUCCUCAAUAAAACAAUUCCAUUAUCUCAAGGAAAAACUAUAAAUAUAAUUCCUGCCAAAACAGUUCCUAAUAAAAUGUUAAAUUCUAAUCAGAACAAAACCGUUGCUGUCGGUCAAGUAAAGACUAAUGGCGCAAAAGUGGGAACUCCGACGAGAACCGUCACUACUUUGCCCCAGGGAGUUAGAUUGACCCCGACACAAGUCAAAAACGGUAGCAUAACGAUACCUGCCAGCGUAGUGACCUCUAGUUCCGGUACGACUCAGUUUAUGUACGUCGUCCAGCCAGGUUCAGUUGUUACGUCGACAGCUGGCGGAACCCAAAAAGCUGUGCUUCUGAACUUCCAGCCCACCAACGGAGUUUUGACUUCUACAAUAAAUGGUUCAGCUGUAUCAGUUCUACCUUCAAAGACCUCGAACACCGUUCAACUAAAGACUGUCACUGCCCCUCGUAAACAUCCCGCCCCCUUACCUAGUCCCCCUCCUGUAACCAUUAACGCCUCUCUAAAGCCAUUAUUACCCAAACCUCACUUAAGCAUAAGGAAGACAGACACUGGCAUAAUUCUUCAGUGGAGGAUGCCUUACAAUUUGGAUGUCUACGAAGCGAUUGCCAGUUACCAACUGUUUGCCUACCAAGAAACGAACGCCCCUCCGAGUACGGAAAUGUGGCGGAAGGUGGGCGACGUUAAGGCUCUGGCACUGCCAAUGGCGUGCACGUUAACUCAGUUUGCUGAUAAGAAUAAGUAUUACUUUGCGGUACGGUCCAUCGAUGUCCAUAAGAGGAUAGGAGCGUUUAGUGAUCCUGAAGAAAUUUCGUUGUAGAUAUGUUCUGUGUAUAUUAAUUUAAUGAGAAACUUAGCUGUAAGGGUAAUAACUUUUUUAUUUAUGUUUUAUUGUAAGUUAGAAAAUAAAAUUGUAUCAGUUUUUUAUA